GUUCUCUACGGCGUUUAUAGGCCACCGUCUCCGCAGACCGUCAACAUGGUCUUUUUUAAAAGAAAACCCGUACACUAUGUCCCUCCGCCCCAGAUUGAUAAUGAUGACCAGGAGGUCUGGGAAAUCAAACAAACGAAGGAGAUAUUCACAGACUAUGAACAGUACUUGAAUAGAAUGGACUUUUAUAAGCAGCGGAAGUUUAUAUGCCAAAUAACUGGACAUUCACAACUUUCAUUCUUCGACGCGCUCAAGAGCGAGGAAGCAGGUGCGCAAGAAGUAGAAGCAGCCUUCCCCGAAGCCCUUAAAGGCCCCAUAUUACGGCGCGUCCAAUUCCAAACCAUCUCGCGAAUCGAUACAUUGGUGGAUCUUAUUUACGAAGAGUUUCGCGCCGAUUACUACCCAAAUGAAGCGGUCACAGUGCAUGUUAUAACGGGCGAACGACUCACAGGGAUUGUGAGAGACAAGACGCGCUUCGGAGCGAAGCAACUAGCGGACGGUACUAUCACGCCUUCCUUCUCGAGAUAUUUCGUAAGUUUGGAUAAUCGACCGAAUGAGGAAGCAGUGGUAGAUGAUGCGCAUAUCACUCGGGACCGCAAGAUAUUUACCAAGCAGGUCUUGAGAUCAUUUAUCAAGAAGACUGUCACUAGAGAAGCUUGGACUGGGGCGCCAUGGUUGGUUCGCCCUGAUAUUGCAGCAGAGUACCACAUUGACACUCGCGUCCCACCACAUCUUCGUCAAGAGAGCAAAGCUGCAGAAAGGAAAAACAGCCAAGCGCAAAAGAAGGCCGCGUCAGAAUUUGAUGGAAUGAUUGGAAGCUUCCCUGGAAAUUCCCAAGCUCGACUGCCAGAGUUGAAGCCAGCACCCAAGAGCCACAAGAGCAAAGCACAGCAGUCUCAACUGGCCAAGAGUAAGCCGCAGCCGUUUUUGAAUCCUGCUCCUGAUAAUAUUCCUCAUCCCCAAUUCAUCCCUCCGCCUCAUUAUGUAUCUCACAAGUUUCAAGUGACUGGCCCACCCCAAGUGGGACCUCAUUUCGGAAACUUCCACAACACCUCGUUUGCUUUCGCGCCACUUCAAUCGUUACCUCCGCAACCACCGCCACCACCACCGAUCAAGUAUCCUAUCGAGGACUUGCAAGUAGCCCCGCGACACGAUGGUCCGAAACGACCAACACUCAAAUUCUUUUCGGAAGAUACGCCGGUGGGGACUGGAAAAAGUAGUGGCAAUGGAAUUUUGAUGAAGUCUAUCGGUCCACUACUCGAGUCAUGGGACACGUUGAACGUCUACUGCGAGGUAUUUAAGUUGGAUUCAUUCACAUUCGAUGAUUUUGUAGAGGCUCUUCAAUUCUCUUCCGAAGACGUCGAGUGUGAGCUAUUCGUUGAAGUCCACUGUGCCGUCUUGAAGCUUCUUGUGAGCGCCGAAGCAGAUGGCGGUAAAGUAAAUGUUGAGUUGCCAGACAUGGAUGAGGAAGACGAUGAAGACGAAUCAGGAGCUGAAGGAAGUCCCAAGAACAGUCCGACCCCUGAACCAGAACCGGCGCCAAAGGGACGAGCAACCAGAAGCAGUUUGGCAAAGGCUGAAGCCGAGGCAGCAAAAGCUGAACAGGAGAAUAUCAAAGAAGAAUCGGAGGAGCUAAAGGACAACCACCGGGCGGCUGAAAUGCAAGAUGAGGCUGGCUGGAUUGAUCGUUUGAGGAGGCGAGACUUCAAGAAUGGAGGCUGGCAAUUUAUUAUGAUCGGAUUGCUGUACCAGCUUUCGAAAGGCCCUCGUUAUGCCAGCUCUCUAGAGGAUUUGCUGACUGAACUUGCACCUCUCAACAUGCCGCCCACGCAAGAUACAGCUCGGCAACAAUACAACAAACUCGAAGUCAACCUCCGUAUCAAGGCUCUCCAAACAAUAUGUAUGCUUACGGCCGAGACGAAGGCAGUUCGUGGUUACAUGGAGGAAUGUAGUGAGCAAAUGACCACCUUCCGGAAGGAGAAGAUCCAGUAUCAACGCGAGAAAAAGCAACUAAUUACGGAUCUCACAACUCUCAAUGAAGAGCGCAAGAUCCUGCUUCCAGCAAACAUGCCAGCCUCUCCAGUCCUUGACACCAAGACUCUAAAUGGUAAUGGUGACAUCAAAAUGCCCGAUGUAGAAGAAGAAGGCCCGGAUUCAACCAUUGAAGACGAAAUUAUGGACACAGACGAAGACCCGCAUCAAGGCCGUUCUCUUCGCCGCGGCCUAGACCGCGCCGCCGACCGAAAACGCAAACGUGAAGUCGAGCAAGAGAAGAAAGAAAAAGCAGAAGCCGAUGCCAAACUGCCCAAACAAUCAAAGCAAUUCACCAAACUUAUGAAAGAAAUCCAGAAGAAACAAGACGCCAUUAAAGACUGCGAAGAAGAAAUCGCGGUUCUCGAUAACGAUCUCCGGGAAGCGGAUUGUCCUCGUACGAGAGUACUUGGGAAGGAUCGCUUCUGGAAUCGGUACUACUGGUUCGAGCGGAACGGGAUGCCGUAUGGCGGCUUGCCCAAUUCGAGUACUGCUGAAGCGGGGUAUGCGAAUGGAUGUAUUUGGGUUCAGGGACCAGACGAUCUAGAGAGGGAAGGGUAUAUUGAACUCAAGCCUGAGUGGGAGAGUGAGUAUAAGGCGCGGUUCAAUAUGACGGUUCCUGAACGCAAGAUGCUUGAAGAGGGCUCGACAAACGUUUUCAACGCGCGGCAGUGGGGGUAUCUGGAGGACCCUGAGCAAGUUGAUGGCUUGAUUUCCUGGCUGGAUAUUCGUGGCAUCAACGAAAUCAAGUUAUCCAAGGAGCUGAAGAACUAUCGCGAUAAAAUCGUGGCUUGUAUGCAGAAGCGCCACCAAUACCUCAACCCACCCGAAGAAGAAAAGGAGAAAGAUGAAGGUAAGCGAAUAAGCACGCGGAAGAAGGAAGAGAAGAAAGAGGGUGAUAAUUUCAAGAGAUGUCUGGGCUGGAGAAAUUACAUGGCGCUUGAGGAUCUUGGGUUCUUGCAUAGUGAUCCACCGCGACCGCGGAAGAUUAGCAAGAAGGAUAAAGAGAGGGAAAUGGAGAAGGAAAAGGAAAAGACGGUAGUUGUUGAGGAGAGGACUAGAGGUGGGGCGGGGAAGAAAGAUAAAGAAAAGGAAAAGGAGAAAGAGGGGAAGGGUACUGGGAGACAGGGGUCGAGAUACAAUUUUUGA